AUGUUGUUGCAGCAACAGGCUGCACAACAGCAAUAUAUUGCUCUUUUACAACAACAACAAUUAAACGCCGCAACAGUUUUACAAGCAACAGCCACUAGAUCUUCGAGUAACGGUAAUGACAACAUUGAACAACAGCCAGCAUUAUUAGGAGGAAAUAGAAAAAGAAGCUCUAGAAUGGCAGGGUUAGAUCAACAGAAUCCAAAUGAUGCAAAUGUUUUGCUAGCACAGAAUGUUAAUGAAAGUGCCGGAUCUAGUAGCAGUUCUAUUUCCGGCCAACAACAGCAUAUGCAAUUUAUGGCUGCUGUUGCAGCUGCAUCGGUGAACAACACUAAUCCAUAUAUAUCAGUCACCUCUACAGGAAGUACAACAAAGCGACAGAAAACUGAAACUACUGCUAUUUCAAAUUCUGCCAAUAGUGGUUUUAAAUGUACACCUACAACUGUUGCGUUCGGGAUGCCACUUUAUGCCGCUCCACAAUUUAAUCCAUAUCUUUUGCCAACUGCCCCGUUUUUGCCAGCUGUUCCUUGUUUGUUAUAUGAUUAA